AUGGCGCCCCCGCGUUCGAGAAGCCCAUUCCGCUCGCCCUCGCCACCUCCCUCUCCCCGGCUCCCACACCGCGGCCUUACCGAGAAGGCGCCACCUCCUCCUGUCCCCUUCCGCGACUCCGUCCGACGACCCCGCGCUCCCUCCGGCGAGGCGACCGUCCCGCCCGAAGAGGGCGUCGGAGAGAAAUGGCGAGGGGAGGGGUCUGGGGUCUGUCAUAUCUGUGUCAUAUCCUGGGGUGAUGUCUUCUCGGACUGGAAUGGUGUGGGUUAUUUCAAUACCACAAGCACAACCUUAGGCCCUGUUCGGCAGACGUCCACUCCUUGCUUUCCAACUCCCAGCUCCAUCCAGAAGCGGAGCGCACGGAGCGGCACUUUUGCAACUCUGAAAAAGUGGCCUACAAGCCGCUCCGCUCCGCUCUGGGAGAGGCAUGGAGCCAGCGCGUUCGGUGCCACUCCGCAGCUCCUCCAGCCGCUCCAGGAGCUGAGCUCGGAGCGGAGGCCUGCCGAACAGGCACUUAUUGUGUACCUGCAUGCUACAAGCAACAUUUCUAUUGUCAAAGAAGCACAGACUAUGUUGGAUCCUGACCUUUUCAAUAUCAUACGCUUCACUAUUGCGGCCAUUCCUUUUGUGCCAUUCUUGUUGAAGUCACUCAGAGACAUGCAAGUUGUUCUUAGGGGCGUAGAGCUGGGGGUUUGGGUAACCUUGGCCUACCUCACUCAAUCUAUUGGGUUAGUUACAGCUGAUGCUGGCCGUGCAUCUUUCAUAUCCGCCCUCACAGUGAUCAUUGUUCCUUUCUUGGAUGGUAUUCUUGGAGCAGAAAUACCUGCAUAUACAUGGCUUGGAGCAUUUUUAUCAGUUCUCGGGGUUGGUAUUCUGGAGUUAAGUGGUUCUCCACCAUGUGUUGGUGAUCUUCUGACCCUCCUUAGUGCCUUUUGUUUUGGAAUUCACAUGCUCAGAACCGAGCAUAUUUCCAGGAAAAUGAAGAAAGAAAAUUUCCUACCGCUUGUUGGAUGUCAGGUGGUUGUCGUAGCUGUUGUGUCGGCAGUCUCGUUCAUUGUUAAAUGCUUCCUCCAGAAUGUGGUACCCUGGAAUUUAAAAUCAGGGACACCAACAGAGUUAUUCAGUAUGAUGUCAUCGUUUCCUUGGCUAGCAAUACUAUACACAGGCAUAAUCGCAACAACCUUUUGUUUAUGGGCAGAGAUCGUUGCUAUGCGUGAUGUAUCAGCUACAGAAACUGCAAUAAUUUAUGGUCUGGAACCAGUAUGGGGUGCUACUUUCGCAUGGGCAAUUCAUGGCGAGAGAUGGGGCAUUACUGGACUUAUUGGAGCUAUCUUCAUCAUAGUUGAUCACUACUGCGAAGUAAUACGCCAAGUAGUUAGCAUGACACUGCAACAAGAUCUAACUACAAUUAUGGCCAGUUGCACAAGGAAUGGAAAGCUCACUAGGCUGACAAAAAUAGGGGUGGCGUGGCUCACUGGUGGCCUGAGCAACUGA